AUGGCUGCCGGGACGGAUGAGGCGACAGUGGACUACAUACGGAACCACCUAGAUGAGGACCUGGAGGCAGUGGCGCAGCAGCCCGGCCCGCCGCUCAUCCGCCCCUCCCUGGCGCCGUUUCUCACAUCCGCCGGGCUGUUCAGCCUGGCUGGGGUUGCGCCGCAGCAGCACUCCCUGGCGCCAUCCAUACGGAACCGAGGCAGCAGCGUAGAUCCUGCGCACCCUGACGGCAGCCCCUUAUCGUCAGCGGCGCACACGGUGACUCUCAUUCUCCAGGUCAUGUCAAUCAAGGAUGUGAGCCUCUCGCGCGAGCAGCGCAGUCGUGUCCUCCUGCACUCCCUCUCCUCCACCUGCAGCAGCUCCGGUGCGACGUCCAACGGUGCUGCAAUUGAUAUGGACACGGACACCCUGGCCUCCCUCGCCGCCGACGCCACCCCGCAGAUGAUGGAGGAGCAGCAAGAUGAGCAGGCGCGGCAGCAUACACCGUUGCUGCCAAGCGGUGGCCAGUGGCGGUGCCUGCGGCUGGAGCUGUCCGAUGGGUUUCAGCGUGUGCUCGCCGUCGAAGACGCCUCUGCGCGCACGCGGCAGCGCUAUGGUGGUGUGUUAGCCAAAGAAGGCAUCUCGCUUGGUGCCAAACUGCAAGUGUGUUUGACUGCAUCGCUGGCGGACACCACGGCCACCACCGUGCCGUGUGUGCAGCACGGCGUUCUCCGGCUUCACGCCGGGAACACCGAAGUAAUGGGUGGCCGAGUGAAGGCACUGGAAGUGUAUUGGGAAGCGCAGGCUCGGCUGCAGCUAGCAGCGAGCACUGGACGACCCUCAAAGCAGCAGCAGCAGCAGUACCAGCUGCCAAGUCUCCCUGACGGACCCACGACGUUAGCCUCCGUCCCACCUGCGCAGCAACAACCGGUCGCAGCUUCCCCACUCACCUCACCAGCACCCCCAUCACAGCAGCAGCCGCAGUCACGCGCAGCUCUCCCCUUGCAGCCCCUUCGAUGCUGGCCCGCUCACGCCGCCCAGCACCCACCUCACGUGCCCUUCUGCACAGUGGCCUUCAUCACGGAGGUGGUGUCCGAUAUGGUCAUCAAUGAGCCAUCCCCUGGGACCACCCACAACAGCCACCACGUCGGCGCAGAUCCGAACCCGGCAAGGGACGCCUUCACGUACUCGCUUCUCGUGCAACUGUCCUCGCCCAGCGCUGUGGAGUGCGAGACACCACGACACCUAAACGACACCCCCUCACGGCGAGGUGAGGAGCUGGGGCAGGUAAGCGAAGACGAUCACCUCAUCGUCGACCUUGGCCAUGCCUGGCUGCAUCAGCUGGUCGGCAUGCCCGCAGAUGCGUUCCGCAUGCUGUCCCUCUCGAACGCCGCGGCAGAUGUUGAGAAGCUUACGCGCACCGUGGAAGCCGUCGGACAGGCGCUGGAGCAGUUUGGCAAAGGGUGCUUCACGCUAGUGCGGCGAGCAAGGGACAGCAUUGUGGAAGUGGUGCACGCCGUCCCAGCGCCCUGA